AUGAAAGGAUCACAACAUUAAGCAGCUUUUCCUUAGGAUGUAAAGUUGAUUACUGAAACUUAAGAUGAAGACAUAAAAACAUGGAUAGUUUGUGGUUCAAAGUUUUAAAUAUAAAAAUAAUAUGAGAUUCUUGAUCCAAUGGGUUAAGGAGCGUAUGGCAUUGUGGUAGCUGCUAAAGAUCUUGACUCUGAAGAUUAGGAGAACAAUCUAGUAGCAAUUAAAAAGAUCGAAAGAGCAUUUGAGCAUAAAGUGUUUUUAUAAAGGACACUCAGAGAACUCAAAAUUCUCCGAUUAUUGCAGCAUGAGAAUGUUUUGGGUUUGAAAACGAUUCUAUUGCCGCCAGGCCAAACCAAAGAACAGCUAGAUGACAUAUACUUAGUGAGUGAUCUCAUGGAAACUGAUUUAGAGACCAUAAUUCGUUCUGAUUAAGGUCUGACAGAGGAACACAUUCAAUUUUUCUUAUAUUAGAUUCUCAGAGGUCUUAAGUACAUUCAUUCUGCUGGAAUAUUGCAUAGAGACUUAAAACCAAAAAAUCUGCUGGUAAAUACUAACUGCGACUUGAAAAUAUGUGAUUUCGGAUUAGCUAGGGCAGAUAUAUCACUACUCUAGACACAUUCUGUUGUACUUACUGAUUACAUUACAACCAGAUGGUACAGAGCCCCAGAAGUGCUACUUUCAUGGAAGAAAUACUCUUCAGCAAUAGAUAUUUGGUCUGUCGGUUGUAUUUUUGCUGAAAUGCUGACUAGACAGAGAUUAUUCCCUGGCCACGAAUAAGAAGAGCAAAUGCAAAUGAUAGUUGAGUUAUUAGGGUACCCUACUCCAGAGGAAAUUGAGAUAUUUAGUGACAUUUAAGAUAAGGAACUCCUCAAUGCACUUCCUACGACAUUAAUUUAAAGAACCUCAUUCGAGGAACGAUUUUAAGGAUGCUCAGAAUUAGCAGUAGAUCUUUUGAAAAGAAUGCUAGCAUUUGAUCCAAACAAGAGAAUAACAGUUGAGUAAGCCUUGAGCCAUCCCUAUCUUGCUGAGUUACACUGCCCAGAUGAUGAGCCCACUACCUAGCCAGUGGACGCCUUUGAUUUUGACUUUGAGAUUUAUGACCUGAAAAGCAAUGAUUAUAGAGAUCUAAUGUAUGAAGAAAUAAUGCUUUAUCAUUCAGAAGAGAAAAGGCAAGAAUAUGAAGAUAAUAAGAUCAAAUAUCCAAAUGGUAUGCUUUAUCUCAGAUAUGCAAGUAGAUCUGGAAGCCAAGAUGAUAUUCCAAUGAAGCAGUAAAAUUAAGGAUCAAGUCUGAGUCAGAGUGGAGAACAGACUAAAUCAUCUUCGUCAAUUAGCAAUGAUCUAAAUGAGUGA